AUGUCUACUUCUAAUCAUGACACCACAGACGUGGUGAUAUGUGGCUGUGGCCCUACGGGGGCAAUGCUUUCUGCGUACCUGGGCCGGAUGAACAUAUCCAACAUUGUCUUAGAAAAGGGAAUGGAGAUCACAACGGAUCCACGCGGAAUUGCUUUAGAUGAAGACGGAAUCCGACUGCUCCAAGGACUAGGAUUGUAUUCAUCCAUCUACGCGAAGAUUGGCACCUUUAGUAUCAAGAAGUAUAAGAUGACUAAUAAUUGGUGUCAAGGUAUGAACACUUUCAAGUUCAUUGGAGGUACAGAGCCAGUCUUGGAUAAAAAAGGGUUUGUUGAAAUGGACUACGGAACAACAGAAGGCGGGACAGGACAUGUAGGUUUUAUAUGCCACAAGCAGCCGGCAUUGGAGCAAUGUCUGCGUGAUGCCAUGGCAACUUCGAGCUUUUGCGAUCUCCGCUCGGGAUGUGAAGUGAUUGAGCUCGCCGAAGAGAAUGAAGGCGUAUCAUGCAGAUACCGGGAUUCUCACGGAGAAGAACGACAAAUCAAAGCUCGCUUUUUUGUUGGGGCCGAUGGAAAGACGGGCUUCACGAGAAAACGGUAUCUGGAGCCUCGAGGUAUAGCCAUGGAACAAGCGCAUGAGUACGAAAUGAUUCGAUCCCCUCGAUUGUACAAUAAACUAACAAUGCGAAGGGCUUUCUAUGAAGAGGUAUGGGUAGCCUUGAAUUGGAAAAUCAGUCUUCCAACCGAGAAGACACACCCAGAAUUUCCAUUAUGGAGAUUGGGCUAUACUUCCGAGCAGGUUUACGAUUUGUUCUUCCCUAGCAAUUUCCGCUUCCUAUGCAAUCCGAAUCGGCCGUCUGUCUGCGGAAGGUUUGGGAUUCCCUCGGAUAGACUGUGGAGAUUCGAGUUUGUGGUGCUCAAAGACGAGGCCGGUGAUGAAAUGUCAAAGCCUGAAAUGAUAAAGAAGGUCGUGUUUCCGUACAUCACACAUCCGGGAACACGAUUAUCAGAAGACAUCGUUUUCCCAGAGGAUUGCAUCCAGACUCUUCGAUGUCGUCCAUUCAUGUUCUCUGCGCGAAGCUGCAACAGAUGGUCUGAUGGGCGGGUGAUUCUAUGUGGCGAUGCAGCUCACGUUUUCCCCCCUUUCGGAGGACAAGGAAUAGCAUCAGGUUUUCGUGAUGCUAUUGCCCUAGCCUGGCGUCUAGCACUUCUCUGUCGAACCCAGCCCCACAAGUCCAAGUGGCAUGAAGAGGUUUUGUCAUCAUGGUAUGAGGAGCGUAAGCAGCAGCUAGAAAGAUCACUUGCCGCCACUAUUGCGAAUGGAGAAUUCGUAUCAGAGAGCCAGCCAUUGAAAAUAUUAUGGCGUACUGUUUAUUUCUGGUUCGCGCAUAUGAUUCCAUCAUGGCGUGAUGACCUCCGACGUGGCCAACGCAAGAAUGGCAUGGUUCGAUACGAGCAUACCUCGGACAAGCUUCCAUUCCUACCGGAAUACAAUGGAGGUGUAUGCCUUCCUCAGGUGUACUGCAAGGCUGUCGAGAAUCCAGAUGGGGAUGUUUUGUUCACGGAUGAUGUAAUAUUCAGUUCACAAAAGAAGGGACUCUUGCAGCUUAUCGUUUAUCUGAGAAACGUGGAUGAACUUCCCACAGCACAGAGGGAGAUUAUGGAUAUCGAUGAUCAUUCAAAUGGGGAGAUACGGGCCGCUGAAGCAACAUUCCUCAUCGAGGACAUUUCGACUCACCUAGGCGAUGCUGCACCCAACGUUUUUCGAUUAGCCACCGGAGGUGAAUUUGAAACAUCUCCUUUAUGUGAAGGAAGACCAGCCCCGCGAUUCUACGAUGCUGGCUGUCUUGCAAAAGAGCUGGUGGGGAGGAAGUAUGUGAUUGUGCGUCCUGAUAGGUUUAUUUUCGCUGCAUGUCAUUCCAAAGAGGAACUGUGGAAAGCGACCCGAAGUGCGACUAUGUAUUUAUGUGGUGAAAACUAA